ACGUUAUGAUACGCCUCUUGGGCCUACUACUUUCAAAUCGGACUUUUCUCACUCAUUCCAUUAUUAACAAACCCGAUUCGACUCGACCCGACCCGGUUUACAAGAUAGUGAGAAGAAAAAGAAGAAACGACACUCCACACAACCACAAGUGCCUGCUGCCACUUUCUCUCUAAUCUCUUCUUCCUUCCUGCGUCAAUGGCGACUCAAGGUCAGGUUAUCACUUGCAAAGCUGCGGUGGCUUACGAGCCGAACAAGCCUCUCGUCAUCGAAGAUGUUCAAGUCGCUCCUCCUCAGGUCGGUGAGGUUCGGAUCAAGAUCCUAUUCACGGCUCUCUGUCACACCGACGCCUACACUUGGAGCGGCAAGGAUCCUGAAGGUCUCUUCCCAUGUAUCCUCGGUCAUGAAGCUGCUGGGGUGGUUGAGAGUGUUGGUGAAGGUGUGACUGAAGUUCAACCUGGAGACCAUGUUAUCCCUUGCUAUCAAGCCGAGUGCCGUGAAUGCAAGUUCUGCAAAUCCGGCAAGACUAACCUCUGCGGCAAGGUUCGGUCCGCUACAGGUGUUGGGGUUAUGAUGAACGACCGUAAGAGCCGGUUCUCGGUUAAUGGGAAACCCAUUUAUCACUUCAUGGGCACCUCCACGUUUAGUCAGUACACUGUUGUUCAUGACGUCAGUGUCGCCAAGAUUGAUCCUAAGGCUCCUUUGGAGAAAGUCUGCCUUCUUGGAUGUGGUGUUCCCACUGGCCUUGGAGCUGUUUGGAACACAGCAAAAGUAGAACCAGGGUCUAAUGUUGCCAUCUUUGGUCUUGGGACUGUGGGACUUGCUGUUGCUGAGGGUGCGAAAACAGCUGGUGCUACAAGGAUCAUUGGCAUUGAUAUCGACAGCAAGAAGUAUGAAACUGCAAAGAAAUUUGGUGUGAACGAGUUUGUGAACCCAAAGGACCACCAAAAGCCAAUUCAGGAAGUGAUUGUCGACCUCACUGAUGGAGGUGUUGACUACAGCUUUGAGUGCAUCGGGAAUGUCUCCGUGAUGAGAGCCGCAUUGGAGUGCUGUCACAAGGGAUGGGGAACAUCAGUUAUAGUGGGUGUUGCAGCAUCAGGACAAGAAAUAUCAACACGACCGUUCCAACUUGUGACUGGCCGCGUGUGGAAAGGAACAGCAUUUGGUGGUUUCAAGAGUCGAACCCAAGUGCCUUGGCUUGUAGAGAAGUAUAUGAACAAGGAGAUAAAAGUGGAUGAGUACAUAACGCACAGCAUGACAUUGGGAGAGAUCAAUAAGGCUUUUGAUCUGCUGCAUGAUGGCACUUGUCUUCGUUGUGUCCUCAGUACCAGCGAUUGAUACACCAUUGGGUUUAUGUCGUCUCUCUCUCUCUCUCUGCUUUAUCAUGCGUCUUGUGACUCGUCAAUUUCCUGAGCAACAGACUCGAACCGUGUGUGCGCUUUAAUAAUUUUUGAUUAAAAGACCGAGAAGCAUCAUUAAUAAUAAGCAACCAUGUUUAUGGAGAUUACAUGGAUCUAGUGUUCGA